CACUCCGUGGUCCGGUCACAUGACAGUGAUGUCACCUAUCACUGGAAUUUACAUUAGCGGCGGUGGCGGCGACUGAUGGUUGUCUGUCAGAGAUCGGUUCGGAGGGGAGCGCAGCGCGGACGGUGUCAUGAAGGCGGGGGCCAGCUCCAUGUGGGCAUCUUGCUGCGGGCUGCUGAAUGAAGUAAUGGGCACUGGUGCUGUGCGAGGGCAGCCAACACCAUUCGGAGGUGGAGCAGGUCCCUUUAGAUUUGCACAGAACACCGAUUUUUCACCAUAUCCUUCUUCAUCCUCCACCAUUGUGUGUAAAGCUUGUGGCCUGGCAUUUUCUGUUUUUAGAAAAAAGCAUGUCUGCUGUGACUGCAAGAAAGAUUUCUGUUCGGUUUGUUCUACACUUCAGGAGAACCUCAGGCGUUGCAGUACCUGCCAUCUACUACAAGAAACUGGAUUUCAAAGGCCUCAGUUAAUGAAAUUGAAAGUCAAGGAUCUGCGACAGUAUCUGACUCUAAGAAACAUCCCCACUGACAGCUGUAGGGAGAAGGAAGACUUGGUGGAACUGGUGAUUUGCCACCAUGGCUCAUGUCCCGAAGAGGAGAUGGAUGUCAAUAUGGACAGCUCUGCACGAUCACAGACAUCUGCCUUCUCUUUUUUUUCUGCUAUAUCAGCGCCUUCAUCUUCCUUAUCCUCAUCUCAGGGAGAACUAUCUGAUAGAAGCGGAAGCGUGGGAAGUGCUUCUACAUCCCAGGCAAAAAGUGAAAACAUAUCAGUAGCAUCAGAUACAGAAGCCCUGGAAAACCAAGCAAAUGAUCUCUCACGAAAGCAGGCGAGGGCGUCAUUGUCUGAUUUAUCCACACUGGAUGAAAUAGAAGCACUCACCAUCCGACAGCUGAAGGAAAUCCUGGCUCGCAACUUUGUCAACUACUCAGGCUGCUGUGAAAAGUGGGAGCUGGUGGAGAAAGUCAACCGGCUGUACAGAGAGAACGAGGAGAACAGAAAGUCCUUGGAAAAUCUGGAAUUCAAACCUGACCAAGAACGAGAUCGACUGCAGCUGACUGGUAAUGAUGACAACCUCUGCCGCAUUUGCAUGGAUGCUGUCAUCGACUGCGUUCUCCUGGAGUGUGGCCAUAUGGUAACAUGUACCAAGUGUGGAAAGAGGAUGAGCGAAUGUCCAAUCUGCCGGCAGUUCGUGGUGCGGGCUGUUCACGUCUUCAAAUCUUAAAUAUCCAGACCAAAUAAGAUGCGUGUGACUUGGCUCCUCUUCUUGGGGCACAAAGUGUAUGGAGAAGAAGAAAAAAAAAAGGAAAACGUAUUUUCUGUAUAGCUUCUGAGUGAUCUGUUGUUAGAGAUGUUUUGUAAUUCAGUUACAGUUAGGGUGUGUACAGAGAACUUGAGAAGUGUUCAGACAAACUGCAUGCUGGUGUAUGUUCAUGAAUCUGGAAUGAAUGAUCUCAUUCUAAGAAAUAAAAUAUUUACUUGUGGAAUGGAAGACUGAAAA